ACGCAUAUUAACGUUAUCUGAUCUUAGCCAUCUACAUAAUAAAUAAUGUGCAGUUAUACGUCGUGUACUGAACAUACUUUCGGUCGAGGACAAUAGAAAAUCCGGACCAAGGGCGUUAUGGGCCUGUAUAUCCUCAAACUUGAAAGUCCAGGUCCUAACUCGUCUCCAUUUAUCCACGUCCUCAGUAACCCGAAGCUUCUAAACGCUACCGGCGAUCAUCGCUCUCUCUCUCUCUCUCUCUUCGUUUUUCGAGAUAAAAUGGCGAUAGCUUCUCCGACGAAGCUCCACGCCGGCGACCUAGCUUCGUCUUUCAGCUUCUCCCGCUCUUCUCGGAACCCCAAGCUUCUCUCCUCUUCUUCUCCAAGCCGCGUCUACUUCGCCGCUCCGAAAACCCGGCGGUUCCAAGUGUCUGCUUUCGCUGUGAAACGCAGCCCUAAGCGCCUCAAAUACUCCGGUCCUCGCUUCACCAAGGAGGAUGAGUUGCUGUAUGUAGAAGUUGAUCCAUCAGGAGAUGAUAGCUGGAAAUUGGAGCCGAUUCUUGAUCUUCUGAAGCAAGGAGCGGUUGGAGUCAUUCCUACUGACACUGUGUAUGCAAUUGUCUGUGAUCCGAGAAACCACUCUGCCGUUGAUCGUCUUUGCAGAAUCAAGAAAAUCGAGUCUACAAAGCCCCUCACCAUCUUGUGCCACUCGUUCCACGACAUUGAUCGGUUUACAACAGGCUUCCCUCGUGGAGAUUCCAAAGGUCAUGCAAAUAUCUUCCGAGCUGUUAAGCAAUGCUUACCUGGGCCUUAUACCUUCAUUCUAACUGCAACCAAGGAACUACCUAAGCAGUGUAUAAGGUUUGGGACAACAACUGCCAAAUACAAAUCUAGGAAAGAUGUGGGUGUUCGUAUACCUGAUGAUGCCAUCUGUCAAGCGAUACUGGAGAAGAUGGAUUCACCAUUGAUUUCCACUAGUUGCAAGUGCCCAAAGGAAAAUGAGUGGAUUUUGGAUCCAGUUGUUAUAGCUGAUACGUAUAGACCAGAGGGCCUUGAUUUUGUCAUUGAUGGUGGGUUAAGAGUGGCUGAUCCAUCGACUGUGGUUGACAUGACAGUUUUUCCUCCCAAAAUCAUGCGACAAGGAAAGGGACCUCAGUUACACUGGAUGGUAGCUGAAGAUGACUAUGAAGAUGACAAUGAACCUGCUGAGUCGGUCAAAAGCUCAUCUCCUCUACCGCUCGGAAGAUAAUCAUUGUUGCUAAAUCCCGUGGACAACUAAGAUUAGGAUAUAUCGGAGUUCUUCACACUGGGGAUUUACCUUUUGAUGCUCCUUGGGGAUGACCAGUAUGUUCAGUAAAUUGUGUAAAUAAGUGAUGCCGGAAUACUCAGCAGUUCGAUCCCAAGCGCUAACAUUUUUCUUUUAACCUUUUGGUCAGGCUAACAGUGUAAGCCACUUGACAGCACUAGUCGAUGAGAUUUGUAACUAGGCCCGUCUUUCUCAGACAAAUACACAUUGAUAUCAGCUGAACUGUUGUAGCUGAAUUAAGUCGAUCUCGGACUAUUUUCUAUUUCAUUUAUUUUUAUUUUUU